AAAUUGAGUUUCUAUUUAAAACCACGAAACUGUGUCUUGAAGUGCCCAUUUAUAUAGCAGAUAUGUCUAAAUAUAUAUCAGUAAACCAGCGAACAGGUAUCAGUACGCAUGCUAGGCGAAAUGAAAGCGUUCAUUGUUGUGUUUCUUUUAUGGAUUUUGCACUUCAAAAUUGGUCAGAGUUCAACACACACCUGUCCCAGUGGCAGCCCAAAUGGAAUUGACCAGCUGAAGCUGCCAGGUGAAGAACCUUUUCAAGUGACCCAGUGCAAGACGACCACAAGAGAUUGGAUUGUCAUUCAGAGACGACUUGAUGGAAGUGUUAAUUUCAACCAAUCGUGGAUUAAUUACAAACAUGGAUUUGGCAAUCCGAAUGGAGAAUUUUUUAUCGGUCUCCAUAAACUUCAUCUGAUGACUAAGGAACAGCCACACGAACUUUUCAUUCAAUUGAAGCAUGGUACUGGCACUACAGUAUAUGCUCACUUUGAUGACUUUCAAGUGGGCAGUGAAAAUGAUUUGUAUAAACUGGAGCGGGUGGGACAAUAUUCUGGAACAGCUGGCGACUCCCUCAAAUACCACAUAGAUAAAAGGUUUUCCACUUUUGAUCGUGAUAAUGACGAGUCUAGUAGAAAUUGUGCAGCCGACCAUGGCGGUGGUUGGUGGUUUCACUCGUGUUUUUCAAGGUAAAGAUAUGAAAUUAAAAUUGGAUUUGUGAGAAGUUUCUACUUUAUAAUUCAUAUUACUUCAUAUUACAGCUCGCUAAAUGGACUUUAUUUCAGAGAAGGGGAAACCGUCAUUCUGAAUGGAAUUCACUGGGGUCGCUGGAAAUUCCACUCUUUAACUUUUGUUCAGAUGAUGAUAAGACCGAAAUUCUUCUAGAUUAACGUUUAAAGAAGUGUAUAAUCUUAUAUUUUGGAAUCGUUCAAUAUUUGUUCGUUUUAUAAAAAAAAAAAGUACAUUUCAUAGAGAUAAUCAACCAUGAUU